AAACUACUAGAGGCGGUCCAUGCCAUCGGUUCAUGAUCGAGUAAUUUUUUUUUAUCUUGUCAAGUGGGUUAUUAAAACGUCCUUUUUCAUCGGUUCUUCCAUCAGUUCUUCCAUAGCUAUUUAUAUAAAGUACACCUCUAAUAAAGUAGUAAGUUAAGUGGAAUAGUAAAAAAUGAAAUUAGAAUUUCCAUCCGGGUUUCUCCCGGUGUCUCAUGUUAUUUUUGAUUUAGAUGGAACACUCUUGGAUACAGAGAAGCUGUACCGUGAAGCGUUAUAUUACGUGUCAAGCCUAUAUGACAAGGAUUGCACCAACGAAAUCGUCCUUAAGAUAGCUGGAACCCCCCAACCGAUCACAGCGAAAAUUGCCAUAGAAGAAUUGGAGUUGCCCAUAACCAACGACACCUUUUUGGGCCUAUACAACGGUUAUAUCCACGAAAAGUUGGGAGAUUGCGACCUUAUGCCAGGUGCCAAGCAAAUCAUCAAACACUUUCACGAGAGCAACGUUCCAAUGGCAGUAGCGACGUCAUCGAACAAAAAAUCCGUCCAAAUAAAAACGAGAAAGCACAAAGCGAUAUUUCAGCACAUGGAGCACUUCGUGUGCGGCGAUUCGGAUCCGGAAGUGAAAAAUGGAAAACCCGCUCCGGAUAUUUUCUUGGUGUGUGCCUCCAGGUUUUCCUCCAAACCACGUCCGAGCGAGUGUCUAGUGUUCGAAGAUUCACUUAAUGGUGUUAAGGCUGGAAUAGCAGCUGGCAUGCAAGUGGUAAUGGUUCCAGAGCCACAUGUACCAAUUGAGUAUGGGAAUUAUGCUACGUUAAGGAUAGAGUCGUUCGAGCAGUUGGAUCUGCAGUAUUUUGGUUUGCCUUCUGUUAGUUUUGAUAUUAUUAAUGAACAUUUUUAAGGAGUUAGUGGGGGAUUAGGUAUUUAAGAAAUGUAUGCUUUUGACCACCUAGGGGUUAAUAUGAUGUUUAUAUUAAUUAGUUUAAAAAUAAGGAAAAGUGAUCUUAUUAUAGCAUGUUAUUUAAAAUAUAUGUGGCUUAUUUGCAGUUAGAUAAAAAUACAUAAAUGAGCAGAAUUGCUUAUAAAUAAAUGGUUUAUAACUGA